AUGAGUGAGAAUAGUGUGACAGGCACGGCGCAAUCCCUACCUCAAAUGUUCUCUCGGUAUCGUGGAAUGCCAGGUGCGACAACUGGCGACGUCGAAAUGGCCGCACCACCAGCGCCUGUGCAUAGCAUCGGAGAGCAGAACCCCUCGAUCGCGAGGAGCCGUUCUCGAUAUCAUCGAAAUCGGCCACAGUCAAGUGGAAAUGUCGCACCUCCUCCUGCAAUCCCGGGCUACGCUCGGACUCAGCUGGAGCAGCGAGGUGAGCUACGACAAAAUGAACGGGCCGCAACUAGUCGCCCUUUGGCGGAGCAAGAUGAGGAGGAAGAGGAAGCACGUGAGGUGCACCGACAAGGUGCGAUGGAACAAUUGACUGGAGGGGAGAUCUCGGCGCAACAACCCCGAUCGGAACCUGUCCCGGCGCGCCCCCCGCACAGUUCCCACUCAUCGAACGAUGAGCAUCGCAAGUCUUUCUUCCAGAAGGUCAAACUUUCCCGAUCCAAGGUCCACCUCAAGAGAACCGAGUCCCCCCCAAGAUACAUCGGGGUGGGCGGAACCGGAAUUGUUCCAGGAGUUGAUGCUCCUGUCAGCGCUGUCAACGCCGGAGAGCGACAUGCCCUUGUCAGAUAUGGAGAUGCCGUCGCGGAUCUCACUGUCACCCCGUCAACUCAAGUCCGGGAUUUAUUGUUAGAUGCCACUAAGCACUUAUCUCAGGACAUUGAUGCGGACAGAUUCAUUCUCAUGGAGUCUUUCUCGCAAGUUGGCCUAGAGCGUCCCCUCCGCCGCUACGAGCAUGUCCGGGAAGUCAUGAAUUCCUGGUCACACGAUGCAGAGAACCAGUUCAUCGUUAUUCCCCCUCCAGCGUGGAAGCCCUCGCUCAGCUCGAUGCUGGGAAUGCCUCCACGUCGUCGCAAGUGGGAUAAGCGAUAUGUUACUCUGCGUGCUGAUGGACAAGUGACAAUCUCAAAAAAGGAGGACACCGAGGACCGAACCAAUAUCUGCCAUAUAUCCGACUAUGACAUCUACUUUCCUAGCGCUCGGGCGCUGAACAAGGAUAUCAAGCCACCCAAGAAGCUGUGUUUCGCAAUCAAGAGCCAGCAAAAAUCAUCCAUGUUUCUGUCGACCGAAAACUUCUUGCACUUUUUCUCGACCAGCGACAAGUCUAUCGCAGAUACAUGGUACCGGGCAGUACAGAAGUGGAGAAGUUGGUAUCUUGUCAACAAGAAAGGAGCAGCCCAGAAAGCAGAGACCGAGAAACUUGUGCAGCGCGCCGGGACGAAGAAAUCGACGCAUGAGCCGAGAAAUGUGUACAACGAAGUCCCACUCCUAGAACGAGAGACUUCGGCUGAAUCUUCGAGGCGCGAAAGCUCUGAUCAACGGAGGCCGACAAGCUCCAAAGAGUACUUUGCUCGGAAGAAGACUCUUCGUGGAUAUGUGCCCCCUCCACCUUCAUAUUCCCAGACUAUGAUGCUCGACGCCGAAAUGGACGGGCCUUUCGGCGACAAGCAGGCAUUGAUUUCAGGUAUUUCUUCGCCCGAGGAAGGAGAAUCUGCUUUUGCACCAUCCGGACUCCUAGGCCGAACCUACACCCAGCGACAAAAUGCUAUGCGGGAACGGGAGGAUCGCGAUAAAAGAGCCAAGCAAGAAGCCUUUUCAGGCGUUGGCUUUAUGAGCGGAGGAUCCACACACACCCCCGGCCACGACUCAAACCCCAACAGCCGGACCAACACAAUGACUCGUGCUCCCGAUUCAUCCAAUUUCACUCGAACCCCAUCUCUUAAGCAAAAGCCUCUGGUUGACCUAACCCCAGUCUUUGUCGAGCCACCGCAGCAUAGCCGCAAGGGCAAGGGUCGCGGCGUGAAAGUCCAACCAGGCAUGCAACUGAUCGACGCUGCCACUGGUCCGGAUCAGCCCCCGGGAGGAAUCGCCAUCCCACCCGCGACUUCUUGGAGACGGCCGGCCGCGGACACCACACCUCAGCGGCGAAACACUGCCCGCAGCGUCCGUCAUCACUCAAACAAAUACGCGGCCCCGAUUUCUUCUGAAGGAAGCCCGGAAGCCCAGUUCACUGCAAACAGUUUGCUGGCACAUUCAGCCAGCACUACUAGUCAUUGGAAUCCACGCACCGGACAUGGUGUCGCAACGGGUGAUCGCAAUGCCACACGGCCAUUGCUGGAUAUGUCUCCAGAGAAUCCCUUUGCAGAUGGCAGUCUGCUACGGCAGCUGUAG